CAAAAUUUUCCUCAGCUCCUUUAGUUUGCAUGCAUAUAUAUAUAUAUAUCCUUCACAGAUCGAGCACAUGGUAUCAAUGGAAAGGUGUUUGGUUUUGGUUGUUGUAUUGGUAUCCCUUUGCAUGACAAAAUCAAAUAGCUCAGCUGAUGAUGAUGAGGCUGCUUUAUUGGCCUUCAAAACAGCAAUUAUAUCCGAUCCCUUUGGCAUCUUGGCCAAUAACUGGUCUCAUCACACUCCAUAUUGUGAUUGGAUUGGUGUUACUUGUAGCGGUUUGCACCAAAGAGUGACUCAAUUGAAUCUCUUCAAUAUGGGUCUCAACGGCACCAUUCCUGAGGAGAUUGGUGGCCUCUCAUUCCUUGCAACUUUCAACAUCAGCGCUAAUAGUUUCCAUGGCCAUAUCCCAGAAAGCAUUGGAUUCUUGACCAAACUCAAUAGUUUGGAUUUUUCCAGCAACAAUCUCACUGGAAAUAUUCCUGCAACUAUGUACAAUGUUUCUUCCUUGCAAGUUGUAGACUUGAGAAAAAAUCUUCUUUCAGGGACGCUCCCAGAGGGAAUUUGUGAUAACUUCAGGCAACUACAAGGCCUGUAUCUUUCAGCAAAUCGAUUGAGUGGUGAGAAUCCAUCAAGUCUACCCAAAUGUAUGGACCUUAGAGCUUUGGAUUUAGGAUACAAUGAAUUUCAUGGAAGCAUACCACCUGAAAUUGGCAACUUUUUCAAGCUCGAGUGGUUAAAGCUAUAUGGCAACAACUUGACAGGAGAUUUGCCUUGGACAAUUUUCAAUAUUUCAUCUUUAGUAGUACUCGACAUUUCGAUGAAUGAAAUCUCUGGAAUCCUUCCAAACGACCUCUGUUAUCAAUUUCCGGAAUUGGAGUAUCUGGAUAUUUCCAAAAACCAAAUUCAUGGAGAAAUCCCUCAAGCUCUAUCGAGUUGCUGGAGACUUCAAGUGCUUUCCAUGUCUAAGAAUCAACUCUCCGGAAGAUUUCCUACUCAAAUCUGCAACAUAUCAUCUCUUCAGGAGCUUUAUCUUUCGAGAAUGAACUUGUCAGGGAACUUGCCAAAGGAGAUUGGGAAAUUGUCAAUCCUUCGAGAGUUUACAGUUUCUGUAAACCACUUGACUGGUACAAUACCCCCUUCUAUUGGCAAUAUAUCGACUUUGGAGGAUUUUAUUGUUUCUGAAAACAAUUUGGGUGGUAAUAUUCCUCUGGAGCUAGGAAAGCUAUCAAGUCUUAAAGGAUUGGUACUUAGUUCAAAUAAUUUUAGUGGUGAAGUACCAUCCUCCAUUUUCAACAUCUCUGGAUUAGAAUCGAUUGAGAUGUCAUUAAAUAAACUUUCUGGCAAUCUUCAACCAGGCCUAAGACAUUGGAUUUCACCAAGUCUUGAAGCACUCCUUCUCCACGGCAACCAAUUCAGUGGAACCAUUCCUAGCACUAUAUCAAAUGCUUCACAACUCAUAAUUCUUGAUAUUGGGCAUAACAUGUUCAGUGGCCAUGUACCUCUGGGGGUUGAAAAUUUACACCAACUUCAAGUUUUUGCCAUAGAGCACAACCAUAUCACAAAUGAUCCAUCGGCCAAUGAACUGAGCCUACUCACUUCAUUGUCGAAAUGCAAGAAUUUGACAAUGGUUAUUAUGGGAGGCAACCCAUUCAACACAGUUCUUCCCAACUCAUUAGAUGUUGGGAAUAUGUCUUCGUCGUUGAAAAUCUUGUCUGUGUCUAAUAGUCACUUAAAAGGCAGCAUUCCUAGUCGAUUCAGCAACUUUAGCAACUUGAUUUAUUUUGAGUUGGCCGAAAACAACCUCUCAGGUUCGCUUCCUGGAACAUUGGGAAAUUUGCUGAGGUUACAGGGUUUACACCUACAAAAUAAUAAAAUUGAGGGAUCAAUACCAAACACCUUAUGUUAUCUGAAGGAUUUAUCUCAAUUGUAUCUCAGAGACAAUAAGCUUUCAGGGAGCAUACCAAGUUGUUUUGGGAAUAUAUCUUCUUUGAGAAAAAUAUAUUUAGGUUACAAUUUAUUGACAUCUACUGUACCGAUUGGCUUUUGGAAUAACAAGGAUGUCUUGGUGCUGGAACUGUCAUCCAAUUUUCUUGGUGGUUCCUUGUCUCCUGAAAUUGGAAGUAUGCACAACAUGAUAAAGUUAUAUCUGUCAUGUAACCAAUUUUCUGGAGAAAUUCCUAACACCAUUGGGAAACUUCAGAAUUUGCUUAUUCUUACUCUAUCAUCAAAUAGGCUUCAUGGUCCUAUCCCUCAGUCAUUUGGUAGUUUGAUAAGCUUGCAAGCAUUAUAUUUAUAUAAUAACAGCCUCUCAGGUGGAAUUCCAAAGUCGAUGGAGAAGCUCAAAGAUUUAGUGCAUCUGAACCUGUCUUUCAAUGAUCUGAGUGGUGAAAUUCCAAAUGGUGGACCUUUUGAAAAUUUUAGCAUGGAAUCAUUCAUGGGUAACAUGGAACUAUGUGGAGCUUCUCGAUUCCAUGUCAUGGAAUGCAAAGAAGGAAAAGGAAAGCCGAGAAGCAUUGCAAUAUUUCUCAAGUAUGUUUUGCCAUCUUUUGUGUCUGUGGUUGUUGUUGCUGUUCUAUUGGUUUGGUUGCUUACGUUCUGGAAGAGAAACAAACAAAGGGAUCCUCGGGCUGAAGAUUCACAUGAUGUUGCACUCAAGAGGAUUUCAUGCUAUGAAAUUCUUCGUGCUACAGAAGACUUUGAUGAGAGCAACUUGAUAGGCAAGGGGAGUUUUAGCUCAGUGUUCAAGGGGACUUUUGCUGCUGGGCUGGUUGCUGCUAUAAAGGUCUUCAAUUUGGAUGUGCAAGAUUCAAUCAGAAGCUUUGAAGUAGAGUGCGAAGUGCUAAGGAAUAUUCGACAUAGAAAUCUUGUCAAAGUAAUAACCAGUUGUUCCAACCUUGACUUCAAAGCUCUGGUUUUAGAGUAUAUGCCCAAUGGGAGCCUAGACAAAUGGCUUUAUUCACAUAAUUAUUUCCUAGAUAUCUAUCAGAGGCUAGGAAUAAUGAUGGAUGUUGCGAAUGCCCUCGGGUACUUGCAUCAUGGUCAUUCUUUUCUAGUGGUUCAUUGUGAUUUGAAGCCUGGCAACAUUCUUUUAGACCAAAACAUGGUUGCACAUGUUGGUGACUUUGGUAUAGCUAAGCUACUAGACAAAGAUAUGGCCACUAAACAGACAAAAACCAUGGGCACAGUUGGAUACAUGGCUCCAGAGUAUGGUUCUGCAGGAAUUAUAUCCACCAUGGGAGAUGUAUACAGUUUUGGGAUUCUACUAAUGGAAGUAUUCACAAGAAAGAAGCCCACAGAUGAUAUGUUCCAAGGAGAUUUCAGCAUGAGGAGAUGGGUGUCUGAUUCAUUACCUGAUGCAAUAAUGCAGAUUGUUGAUUCCAAUUUACUUACAGCAGAACAAAGCGACCAAGAAAUAGAAGAGUGCUUCCUACAGAUCAUGGGAUUAGCUGUAGAAUGCACAGCUGAUUUUGCAGAGGAGAGGAUCACCAUGAAAGAUGUCAUAGUAAGACUCAAGCAUACACAACAAAAGUUGAACCAAAAUGUCUCUGUAAGUUUAGUAAUAAACUAGUUUGCACUUUGCAUCGUUUUAAAUGUUGCUCAUUACUUGGAUAUUGUACAACAAAAUAACUUGUUCAUUUAUGUUAGUUUAUUAAGGUAGAGCUCCGAACAAACAUUCACAAAAUAGAUUGACUCUGUCUACUUUCUAGACC